AUGCUAACUCAGGGCAUUAUUCGUCCCAUCUCUAGUUCUUUUUCCUCUCUGGUUCUCAUUGUACGCAAUAAGGAUGGCACGUGGCGGUUUUGCGUAGAUUAUGGUGCUCUUAAUGCCAUUACCAUCAAGGAUCGCUUUCCGAUUCCUUCCAUCGAUGAACUGCUUUAUGACCUCUAUGGUACUCACUUCUUCUCCAAGAUGGACUUCCGCUUAGGUUAUCAUCAUAUUCUUAUGUGCCCAGGUGACAUACCUAAAACUGCUUUUUGCACUCAUCAAGGUCAUUAUGAAUUCUUCGUGAUGCCCUUUGGCCUUUGUAAUGCUCCAUCUACCUUCCAAGCUACUAUGAACAUACUCUUUGAACCUUACUUGCGACACUUUGUUCUAGUAUUUUUUGAUGACAUUCUAGUCUUUAGUAAGUCUCUAAAAGAACACUUAUUUCAUCUUAAACUGAUACUUCAAUUAUUGCUUGAUAACAAAUUUUUCUUGAAGAAAUCUAAGUGCUAUUUUGCUCAGUCAUCUAUAUCUUAUCUUGGUCACAUUGUGUCUACUGAGGGGGUUGGUGCAUACCCUGAGAAGAUAGAGGCUAUGGUCAAUUGGCCUACCCCAAAUAAAUUGAAACAGUUGCGAGGUUUUUUGCGCCUCACGGGCUUCUAUCGCAAAUCCGUGAAGAAUUAUGCUUCCAUUGCAGCCCCUCUUAUUGAACUCUUGAAUAAGAAGUAUUGUUCACGUUUGCUUGCUUCCUCUACUUAUGUGCGUGAAUUAUGUGCUAUUACCUCUGCUGUAAAAAAAUGGAGUAUAUACCUUAUGGGCAGAAAGUUUGUGACCCACACCGAUCAAAGCAGUCUUUGUGAACUAAUGAAACAGGUUGUUCAGACUCCAGAACAACAAUUUUACCUUGCAAAACUGAUGGGUUGUUUCUAUGAGAUUGUUUAUAAACCCGGAGCUCAAAACAAAGUUGCAGAUGCCUUAUCUCGCAUCCAUGAUUCUGCCCCUACUUGUUUGGGAUUUACAGUUUCACACACGGUCUUCUUGGACAAGCUACGUACCCACUGCCUUCAAGAUCAGGCUUAUCUGGAAUUACUCUCCGAAGUGCACCACCAACCUUCUGAAUUUCUUGACUUCAAACUAGUUCAUAACCUGUUGUUCUAUAAAGGUAAACUUUAUAUUCCAGCAUCUUCUGGCUUUAAAGCUACACUCUUAGAGGAGUUCCAUUCAUCCCUUAUUGGGGGGCAUAGUGGGAUUACAAAGACAUUAGAGAGACUAAAGGAGAAUGUCUAUUGGGAGGGAAUGCACAAUGACGAAUACAUAUCCUUAGACUUUAUAGUAGGGCUCCCUUCCUUCCAAACAUUCACAGUGGUGCUUGUUGUUGUUCAUAGAUUAUCCAAAGUUGCACAUUUUGGUAUGUUACCUACUCAUUUCACUGUUGUCAAAGUAGCAGAGUUUUUUACCAAAAUGAUCUCAAGUGUGUAUGGAAUGCCAAAGAGCAUGGUUAGUAAUAGGGGCCCUGUUUUUCUUAGCAAAUUCUGGCAUGAGUACAUUCCAGGGACAAGUCAGAUUAAGGCUGUUGACACUGACUUAGUAACACGAGACCAAAUUCUGAACGUGCUGAAAAGAAAGCUGCUGAAAGCACAGGAAAAAAUUAAACAUUUUACUGAUAAGCACCACAAAGAGCAUUCCUUCAAACCGGGUGAUUUAGUGCUUGUCAAGCUAAAACCAUAUCGACAAGUCUCGGUUACCGGUUACCAUCCUAAGAAGCUAGCUAAACGUUUCUAUGGUCCUUUCAAAAUUACUAGAGCUAUUGGGGAAGUUGCUUUUGAAUUGGAGUUACCACCUAGUAGCAAGAUUCACUCAAUGUUUCAUGUUUCCCAACUGAAAUCAUGUCGUGGUGCCGUUGAUUCCUCACUGGAAUUACCUCCCAAUGACUUUGAAAAUUGUCCUAUUAUUGAACCUGUUGCUAUUCUGGACAGAGGAUGGAAGGAAGGCAAAGAUAUGGUGCUGGUGCAAUGGAGUGGUCUAUUUCCAGAAGACGCAACUUGGGAGGCGGCUGCUAUCACACUCAAGUAUCCUUAG